AUGGACUUUGUGUUCUCUGAGAAAGAGGGUGGUGGAAUUUUUGACAAUAAAAAUGGGAUGGAUUACCAUGUACCUGUCUUUGGAGGAGUAGUGAAGGAGCCCCCUAUGCACAUUGUACAUAUUUCAGUUGAAAUGGCGCCUAUUGCGAAGGUGGGGGGUCUUGGUGAUGUUGUCACUAGUCUUUCACGUGCUGUUCAAGAUAUGAACCAUCAUGUGGACAUCAUUCUUCCAAAAUAUGAUUGUUUGAAGCUUAACAAUGUGGAGGACUUUCAGUUUCACAAAAGCUAUUCUUGGGGUGGGACUGAAAUAAAAGUUUGGUUUGGGAAAGUUGAAGGCCUUCCUGUAUACUUUCUGGAGCCUCAAAAUGGAUUCUUUUGGGCGGGUUGCAUAUAUGGUCGCAGUAAUGAUGGGGAAAGAUUUGGUUUCUUUUGCCAUGCAUCUCUCGAGUUUCUUCUGCAAAGUGGAUCCCGUCCAGAUAUAAUUCAUUGCCAUGAUUGGUCUAGUGCUCCAGUUGCAUGGUUGUAUAAGAAACAUUAUAGACAUUAUGGCCUCAAUAAAGCACGAGUUGUCUUCUCUAUUCACAAUCUUGAAUAUGGAGCAAACUUGAUUGGGAAAGCUAUGGAGCACUCGGAUAAGGCUACGACUGUAUCCCCCACUUAUUCACAGGAGGUUUCUGGAAAUCCUGUUAUUGCUCCUUACCUUUACAAAUUUCAUGGCAUUCUAAAUGGAAUUGACCAAGACAUAUGGGACCCAUACAAUGAUAAGUUCGUUCCUGUAAGUAAAUUGCAGUUUCUUGCAACUUAUCUGUAUUCAUCAUUCCAUUUUUGGCCAUGA